AUGGAUGGUAACCCCAUUAUGAAUUCUCAUCUGCUACCAUUAUCUUUCGAUGAUGACAACGUCGAUCAAAAGUCUGAUUCAGACAGCGUGUCAGUUGAUUCUGAUAUUGAAAUUAAUGAUACAAAUUAUAUCAAUGAUGAUUUUAUUCGACUCAAUCUCGAACAUGACAACAGUUCCAAUGAAGAUGAAAUUGAAAGUUCAGCUGCUACGGCAAAUAAUAUUAUAAUACCAAUCACCGACGUUGAAUCAUUAUCUACCAAUAGUAACAACAUCAAUCCUUCUAUUCAAGCUUCAUCUUCUUCAAGUAAAGAUGCUACAACCACCUCAGUUCAUCAAAAACGACGACAAUGGAGUGUACAAGAGAAAUUAAAAAUCAUUUCUGAAUUGAAUAAAGGCGUGUCACUUCAUGCCCUUGAAUUACGAUACAAAUGUACACGAAAGAUGAUUCGUGAUUGGAAAAAUAGCGAAAAUAAAUUGAUUAAAUUGGUAAAAGAUCAAGGUGGAAAAGGAAAAAAACGUAAACGUUUGGAUGGAGCUGGUGCUAAGUUAAAUUAUGCUGAUUUGGAUGAUCGUCUGAUCAGAUGGUAUAGAUCGAAACGUGGAUUGAAUCAAGCUAAUGUAAACGUAAAAAGAAAUCGUCGAGUAGAACCUGUGCUAUUGUUUCGAGGUACAGGAAAAGUUUCUUCUUCAGAAGAAAAAUAUUAUUCACCUAAUGUAAAAGUUUUUUUUACUCCAAAUGCAUUCAUUAAUACAUCAACUUUGGAAAAAUACAUGACUUGGUGGCUGAAAAAAGUAAAAGAUGGUAAUCGUAAAUUGUUUAUUACAGACAGUUGUACUAGCCAUUUGAAUGAAAAUUUUAAAAAAAGAAUGCGAGAUGAAGGAAUAAAUUUGGCGGUUAUUCCAACUGGAUGUACCCAAUAUAUUCAAUUAUUGAAUGUACAUGUAUUCGCAACAUUUAAAAAUCACUACUACGACUGUGCUGAAGAAUAUUUGGAAUUGAAUGGUCCUCGUUCAAAACUGAAAUUAUCUGCUUCCAAAAAGCGUAUUUUAUGCACACGACUCACAGCUUCAGCUUGGAUUCGUACAUUGAAAUCGAUCAACUUUCCAGAAGCUUUUCGAUCUCUUGGCUAUACUUGGGUCGACGAUUCUGUGAUUAAACCAAAUCAUAUACCAUGGUAUACAUUUGAUCCAGGUUGUAUCGAGUUAAAUGAAAAUAAAGUAAAUGAACAGAACUGUGAUCCAGUACCAUCUGAACAUAAUAGUUCUAUUUUAACAAAAAACCAACAUAAGCAAUUGACUUUGAAAGACUUUUGGAAAAAAUAAAGAGUUUAUUUUGUUUUUUUGUUUAAUUGUAUGAAAUAAAAAGUGUUUUGUUUAUUGAUUUAUGUUUCUUUUGUAUGAAAAGAAUAGCCAUAUGAUUUUCUAUAUACUACACUUCUUGUGUGAAUUAUGACACUGUAAAGAAAAUAGUUCUUGUAUUGAACUAGUAUUUUGUUUAUAUGAUGUAUCUAUUGUAUUUUUGAUUGUAUUAACUUGAAAAGAAAUUACUUAAUAAAAUUGGUAACGAUACAGUGAGGGCCGAAAAAAGCCUGGACUUUUUUAUUUUUACACAU